AAGAAGAGGCGAGCUCGGGUGACGGCGGCCAUUUUGUGUUGAGAGGCCGGAGAAGAAAGGCUGUCUCUCCCUUCCGCGACCAAACGGUUCCUGACUCGAUUCGGCCAGUCUGAGAUCCGGGGAAUUGGGCUUGGCAGGAUCUGCAGCCACACAAACCAGGCUGCUAAGGUUGAUUGCGUAGGGAUAUACAGCGCAGCCGAAGCACCCUCGGCAGCGGUGGUUGGAGGCCCGGUCAGCGGCGGCCCUCCAGAUUCCAGCGUCCCCACCCGCGUCGAUCUCUGCCAGGGGCCUCCUUCGGCUUGCGAAGAUGCGAGGCUUCGGAGACCGAGGCCGCGACCGUGACCGCGGCGGGUUUGGCAGUCCCCUUCCUCCCAAGAAAUUUGGAAAUCCAGGAGAGCGUCUUCGUAAGAAGAAAUGGGACUUGAAUGAGUUACCUAAGUUUGAGAAGAAUUUCUAUGUUGAACAUCCGGAAGUGGCCAGGCUCACUCCAUAUGAGGUUGAUGAGCUGAGAAGAAAAAAAGAGAUUACAGUUAGAGGAUCAGAUGGCUGCCCCAAGCCUGUAUUUGCCUUCCACCAGUGUAACUUUCCGCAAUAUGUAAUGGAUGUCUUGAUCGAUCAGCAUUUUACAGAACCAACUCCAAUUCAGUGUCAGGGCUUUCCAUUGGCCCUUAGUGGCCGAGAUAUGGUGGGCAUUGCACAGACUGGCUCUGGUAAAACAUUGGCAUAUUUGCUUCCUGCAAUUGUUCACAUCAACCACCAGCCAUAUUUGGAAAGAGGAGAUGGUCCGAUUUGCUUGGUACUGGCUCCUACUCGAGAGCUGGCCCAGCAAGUGCAGCAGGUAGCUGAUGAUUAUGGUAAAUGUUCAAGAUUGAAGAGUACCUGUAUAUAUGGAGGAGCACCCAAAGGUCCCCAGAUCAGAGAUUUGGAGAGAGGAGUUGAGAUUUGCAUUGCUACACCUGGACGUUUGAUAGAUUUCCUGGAAGCAGGGAAAACCAACCUUCGCCGAUGCACAUACCUUGUAUUGGAUGAAGCUGACAGAAUGUUGGAUAUGGGUUUUGAACCUCAAAUUCGUAAGAUUGUUGAUCAAAUUCGGCCUGACAGGCAGACUCUCAUGUGGAGUGCCACAUGGCCAAAAGAGGUACGCCAAUUGGCUGAGGACUUCUUGCAUGAUUAUGUCCAGAUCAACGUGGGGAACCUGGAGCUGAGUGCCAAUCAUAACAUCCUGCAAAUAGUGGAUGUGUGCAUGGAGAGCGAGAAAGACCAUAAAUUGAUACAACUAAUGGAAGAAAUCAUGGCUGAAAAAGAGAACAAGACUAUUAUCUUUGUGGAAACAAAAAGACGAUGUGAUGACCUAACUCGAAGGAUGCGUAGAGAUGGUUGGCCAGCUAUGUGUAUUCAUGGAGACAAGAGUCAACCAGAAAGAGAUUGGGUGCUUAAUGAAUUCCGUUCUGGAAAGGCCCCUAUCCUCAUUGCUACGGAUGUUGCAUCUCGUGGGCUAGAUGUGGAAGAUGUAAAGUUUGUGAUAAACUACGACUAUCCAAACAGCUCGGAGGAUUACGUGCACAGAAUCGGCCGUACUGCCCGUAGUACCAACAAAGGCACUGCCUAUACGUUCUUCACACCAGGGAAUCUGAAACAAGCUAGAGAGCUAGUCAAAGUGCUAGAGGAAGCCAACCAGGCCAUCAAUCCAAAACUGAUGCAGCUUGUGGACCAUAGAGGUGGUGGCGGGGGUGGAGGUGGCCGUUCUCGUUACCGUACCAGCAAUUCAUCCAAUAACCCUAAUCUGAUGUACCAGGAGGAGUGUGAACGCAGGCUGCGGGGAGUUAAAGAUGGCCGAAGAGACUCUAAUAGUUUUCGAGACCGUGAUCGCGGUGACAGCUUUGCCAAUGGAGCCAACAAGGCCUAUGCUGGUGCAUAUGGGAGUCCAAAUUCUGCCUUUGGAGCCCAGCAGGGCCAGUAUGGUUAUGCCCAGGGAACCUAUGGAGCUGCUGCUUAUGGUGCAAGUGGCUAUGGGGCAGAAUAUGGUGCUGCUGGCUAUGCUGGAGCCAGCACUGCCACCGCUGGGAGAAACUCACAAAGCACUGGUCAGCAGCAGUAUGCAGGGCUGGGUCGUUCGGGCCAGCAGCCACAGCCUCUCAUGUCGCAACAGUUUCCUCAGCCUCCAGGCACUAACGUGAUGGGCUAUAUGGGACAGACUGCCGGCUAUCAGUAUCCACCGCCUCCUCCACCCCCUCCCCCUUCACGCAAGUGAGACCACUCUGGCUUACUAAUGACCAGUCCAGACUUAAUAUUAAGAAUUUCUCUCUCUUUCUUUCCUUUUCCCUGCCACCCCCCAUUGUGAUGUUUUCCCAGUGCAGGUUAGCUGUAGAGUUCACCAUCCAAUUUCUGCUCACAAACUCUGGCCCCCUGUCCACAUUACUGAUUUUUUUAAAAAUUAGAGUUGACUGGAAAACUAACUACUUUUAAAACAAUCAUAUUUUGACCUUGCAUGCUAGGAAAUCUGAAAUGACACCCCCCCACCCACCCAAACAAAUUUUAAAAAAACCCCAACUCUCCAGGGCAGAUUUGUCCCAGCCCAGUUGUCAUUGUGUCUGAGGCUUGUGUAUGAAAACUUGCUGCAGAGAGGGAAAUCUUUCCAUGCUCUAAACUUCAAAAAAGAUGGUGCUAAGGAGUACUCCUUGCUUAACAUAAAAUUAAAGGUGGCAUACUUCUUGCCUACUAGAUUCAAGAUGUAUUCUACAGUGAAAAUUGGACUAAAACUCUUGGUUUUGGCAUAGGUGAAUUUUGGAAAGACAACCCAUCUAGUUUGAUUCAGCUUAUGGUGGUUCCAAACCCCCAUCCUAGAGACAUGACACACAUAGACAAAGCCUAUUAUUUUAAUUAGCAUUUCUGCAGCUCCUGGAUGCCAUAUAAGCCCUUGGAGGAAGGGAUGUAAAGGUUGAGUGUUGGAGAUGAGACCCCCCGCCCCCCAUUGUAACAUAUUUUCAUUCCUUUAUUUUCUAAAGAAUAGGUGUGUGUUUUUUUAGUUAGUUGGAUUUCUCUCUGCCUCUUAAAUUACUGUCAGUUGAAUUUCACCCAAGUUAUUACUAAUAAAACGUUGCCCCCAAGUUUCAAUGGCUGUGGUUAACAUAGCACCAGCAAAAGGUACAGGAAAAACUAACUAGUCUCCAUUUACUCAGUGUAUGAAGCACCUCUUAUUGAGCAGGUUCAGGAUUUACCAGUACUGAGUAAAAUGGUUCAUGUUUUUUGUGUUCCAAAUCUUAAAAGAUUUGUUAGACUAAAUGGAAUCUAAGCCCCUCUUCAUGGGUGGGGGAAGAGAUGGUUAAUAUGUCCCAAAGUGGCAUUCAUAUCCUGAUCUGACUAGAACUUUCCUUGGCUUUUGGGUGAGUUUUUUCUCAGCUGUCUCUUGCACUCAGCUUUUACAGGUAGGUAGAAUUCUAGAAAACUUUAGGAAAGAAGGAAUUUCAGUAGAUAUUUCUAUUCAGUCUUGUUGAUUUUCCAAGCUGAAGAGAGGUUUUAGGUUGGUGGGUGGGGUGGUUGGGAUGGGAUUCUUUUUCAAGUACUAAGGCUUAUGUUUUGUGAUUAUUAGCUGCAGGGAUGACAGUAGUUGAUUUUGUAGUGUAUCAUCUGCCAUGUUCAGAUAACAUGACAGGAGAUCACAUGUACUGACUUUGAGAGGCAUAAUGUGUGUGCUACAGUGUUGGUUGCCUUAUUUUCUGUUUUGGGAAAUGCAUAAUUCAAACAAAGAAGACUGUUCAAGUUAUAGCAAUGAGGGGCUGACUUAUAAAAAUGGGAUUUAUAUUUGUGUUCCUCAGUAAAGAGUGGGAUGGGGAGUAAUAAACCAUUUGUGUCUGCACGCAACAUACAGGUAGGUUGUUGGCACAGACGGGAGGAAAAGGUUUGCCAGUUACAAUUUGUCUUGUCUCAUUUGACUUAUAAUUUCCCCAACUUAUGAUUAUAGAAUUCUGGCAGAAAUCUUCAGUGCUAAAGAGAUCGGAAAUGAACAUUCACUUACUGAACACUGACUAAUCUGUUUCCUUCUUGCAAAGCCAUUAUGGAGCUAUCUUUAUUUGUUCUUGCAGAAAUAAAUGUACAAGCAUAGAAGAUGUGGGAAGAACACACACUGCCCCACUAUGCUUAAAGGGAUUUCAGGACAGUCGUGACUAUUGUAUGGUAUUAGUCUGUCUUUGGUAACUUCUGCAGACUAAAACAGCUGUGGGUCUUGCUGUGCUUUAUGGUAACUUGGAAGACAGUUACAGCUCAGAGUCUCUCUCAUGUUUAGUUGGAAUUUAAACCAUCAUUGAAUGCUCCAUAGCAUGUUCUGCUCCUGUUCCACCUGGUGCUGCUUGGUUCCACAUACCAGCUAAAGAGCCCUCUUGACAAAGUGGUAAUGUCCACUGUUUUCCCCAGGAAACAUUUGUGGCAAUACCAAUCCUAUAUAUCUUCCUUUCCAGUACUGUGUGGGCUUUGUUCAUUUGAAAGAUUGAAGACUCCAAACUUUAGAGGCUUUUUUGGGGUGGGGAUCAGCACUCUGUUUGAACCCUUACUGGUUAUUUGAACACAUUCCUGUUGUAUUAACAAAGACUUGAAUGGAGAGAUUCAUAGCUCUGGUGUUCAGGCACAGCAUACUAAAAAGCUAUGUUACUAUUAGUAUGUAAAUUGUCCUUUUGAUACCAUCUUGUUUUCUUUUGUAGGUAUGAAUAAAACACUGUUGUCAAAGUGUGAA